AUGGGAUCAAACGAUCUCCCAGGAUUCCCCUUUGCUCGCGAACAUGGUUACCAACCUCCCUCGUUGAAUGCAAAGCUCCGACGCGAGUGUCCCAUCUCCCAAGCCCAGCUGUUCGAUGGGAAUCGGGCGUGGAUCUUGACCAAGCACAAGCAUUGUUGUGAGGCUCUGAGCAGUGACAAGCUUAGUGCCGACCGUCGUGCCCCCGGGUUUCCAGAGAUCCACGAAGGAGGCAAGGCGGCCAAAGAUGCAAAGCCGAUGUUUGUCAACCUUGACAACCCUGAGCAUGACGAGCAGCGAGCAAUGCUGGAGUCUGAAUUCACUCAAGACGUCGUCGAGGAGAAAUGGCGGCCGAUGAUGGAAAAGUCAAUUGAUGGAUUGUUGGACAAGUUCAUCGCCAAGGGCGCCGAUCACCAGCCUAUCGAUCUCGUCAAGGACUUGGCGACACCGAUACCUACCACUAUCAUUUAUCAAGCGCUCGGCAUUCCACAGAAAGACGUUGAGCGUUUGUCGAAUGAUAGCGAGGUCCGUAACAGCACAAGCCGCAACGCAGCGGAAUCGGCCAACACGCAUCUACACAAGUACAUGGCAGAACUCGUUCACUCGAAGAUCGAGCAGCCCGGUGAUGACAUUAUCAGCACACUCGUCAAGCAGUAUCGUCAAGGAAAUCUCACCGAAGACGACAUCACCACACUGGCCUUUUUGGUGUUGACGGCUGGGAACGCUGCGCUCAUAAGCAGCAUCAGUGUCGGCGUUCUGGUUCUACUCGAACACCCCGAACAGCUCGAGGAGUUCAAGAAGAGGCCGGAAUUAGCCGGGAGUGUCGUCAAUGAGAUCUCAAGAUACCACACUGCCUCCGCGUUGAACAGCCGGCGCGCCGUCAAAGAAGAUGUCGAAAUUGGGGGACAAAUUUUUCGACGGGGUGAGGGUGUAAUUUGCUCAGUCCAAGCGGGCGAUCGUGACGAGGACAAGUUUGGCCCUGAUGCUGACCGAUUCAAUAUCCAUCGCAGCUUCGAUUUCAGUGAAUCGCUGGGAUUCGGCUACGGGCCCCAUCGCUGCCAGGCGGAUAAGUUCGCACGAGCUCAACUGGAGAUCGUCUUCACCAAACUGUUCAAGCGGUUACCGAAGCUCCGACUAGCGAAGGAGCCAUCUGAGUUAUCCUACACCGAAGCGACCAUGAACGCGGGCCUCUCUGAGAUGCCGGUGUAUUUGGAGUAA